AACAAACUGUCCCAGGCCGCACGGGGGUUGGGGGGAGGGGAGGACAAUUGUCUAUCAAUCCACGCAGUCUGGCGUUAGGUGGAGGACCGAUUAUAGAGCGGGACCCGGCCGGUGGCGCUCGAGCUGGGGUCGCUCCCUUUCACAGUUCGAGAAUGUAUCGGGCUUCUCGCGACGCUGUCUCCAGGGACUGGGAAAACGUGCUACCCCAGGCGGUGAAAGCCGUCAGCUGGCAGGGUCAGGAACCGGGAGGCCGGGAGCGAAAUGCGGGCAGAGUCGCCGUUCCUACCCCUGUCGGUGGCAGGAAGGUGCUCGGAGUGUUGCAGAGUAAUCAAGCUUUACAGCCCCAUCGCAAACCCGUUUCAACAUCAGGAUUUAACUGCAACAAUGAGAACUCUGGCCAGCUACCAGCAGGAAAAGCACCGACAAAACCAUCAUUCACUAUCCAUGUGGAUGAGCCUGAUGGUGCUUCAUGUCGAAGUACAAGCAGUGUUGCAGGAAAUGCUACAAACCUGACACUAAAUUCAACUGUACUAUCACUUGGGAAUUGCAAGCGUUUGGCUUCCACUGAGAGUGCUGCAGAUAUUAGCUUCGAUUCCCCAAUGAUGUUGGACAUGUCAAUAUCUUCAGUUGAAGAAAAACGGGUAAAUCCUAAUGUGUUACCUGAUUAUGCUGAUGACAUACACAAAUACCUAAGAGAAAUGGAGUUGAUACGCAGACCCAAACCAGGGUAUAUGAAGAAACAGCCUGAUAUUACCAACAGUAUGAGAGCUAUUCUUGUUGAUUGGCUUGUAGAAGUUGGUGAAGAAUACAAAUUGCAGAAUGAAACACUAUACCUAGCUGUAAGCUACAUUGACAGAUUCUUGUCAUCCAUGUCUGUCCUCCGAGGGAAGCUGCAGCUUGUAGGAACUGCUGCCAUGCUGUUGGCAUCAAAAUUUGAAGAAAUAUAUCCACCUGAGGUUGCCGAAUUUGUGUACAUUACUGAUGAUACCUACACAAAGAAGCAAGUUCUACGGAUGGAACAUCUUAUUCUUAAAGUUUUGUCAUUUGACUUGGCAGCACCAACAAUAAACCAAUUCCUUAAUCAAUACAUUGGACGUGAGAAAGCCAGCAGUAAAGUUGAGAGCUUGUCUAUGUACCUAGCAGAACUCAGUUUGAUUGAUUCUGAACUAUUCCUAAAAUAUCUACCUUCAGUUCUUGCUGCAUCUGCCUUUUGUUUGGCCAACUAUACAAUAUCGCGAACUAGCUGGCCUAGAUCAUUAGCUCAAUUGACAGGAUAUGUCUUGGAAAGCUUAAUGCCUUGUGUGACAGACCUUCACCAAAACUACCUCAAAGCAUCUGAGCAUGCACAGCAAGCAGUACGGGAGAAAUAUAAGAGCUCUAAAUAUCAUGGUGUGUCAAACAUUGAUCCACCACUUUCUUUGGACCUGCUGCUUUUAAAACAGUGAUGCUAUCAACCUUGUUUAGUGUGUAUAUAUUGCAUACGUUUGAAAUCUGAAGAGUAUUUUUGUACAGCUCAGUUUUUUUUUUUGAAAUAUAAUGUGGACUUUGACCAACCUGCCACUGCAACUUCCAGCACUGGAUAACUGCAAUUUAACUUGCUAACUUCUGUGGGAUAUUACAACAGCUGAAAUAUGUUUUAUACUUGUACAUUUCUGAAUUAUGAACACGUGCAAUCCCAUUGCACACAACUUUUUAUAUUUAGAGCUAAAAUAACCAAGCCUGAAUGAACUAAUAGGACACGUUUUGUUAAUUCACUUGGUAAAACUAUGUGCAUACAAUUUUUUAUUGCAAGUAGAAUAUUAGGUAUUUUUUUAAAGAAUGCCGAUGUAUUAUUUUAUAAUGAUCCUGACUGGCUUCUUUCAACCAAUGUCAGCUGAACAAAUGUUAAUUAAACCUGUCAAGUGGAUUAAAUAUGGCCAGUCUUGCCCAGUGCACUAAUUUAGUAAGACCUAGUGGUGCUUCCAUAAUUUGAGGGGGGAGGAGAAAGCUUUCGGAUGCAGAUUAUAAUGACUGCAAUAUGGGCCUGUUGGGGUAUGUUCAAUAUUAUGACAAAAAGCACAAUCCUCCAAUGUAGCUAUGAGAGCAUUUGGCAUACUGUUGUUGAGGAUUAAUUAUUUUGCAUAUGAUGUCCAAUUCCAUUGAUGCCAUUUCCCUACUGCUUGUCAGUUGGGGUUAAAAUUCUUGCACUAUCAGAUGUGAAUAGGCAAAUGUUUUGUAGUUCAUAAGGAUAUUAAAUUUGACCCUGUUUUUGGAUAAAAUACUGCCUUUAACAGAAAUCAGAAAAUCCUUGCUUUUGAAUAAGGAAAGCAAAUGUGCUGAACAUUUCAUGAACUUUGAGCUUUCUCUUUAUCUACACUCCUCUUUCAAAAUACAACCCAUUGGCUUUUUGGACUGAAGUAUGUGAUGGAAAGAGGGAGUUUUCAUUAUAACUGAACAAUUAACACAUGAACAUUUUUUAAUUUCUGUUGUUAGGUGUGCCUUCUACCUUUUGGCUGCACUAAACUUUAUAAAACAUCUUAUUUUGUGCCUGAAAACAAUGGCAUAACUAGGCAGGGAAAAAUCAAGCCCUUGUUACCAUGCCUACUCAAAUGGCUUCCAAUGUAAAUUAUGGAAUAUGUAACAAAUUUACAAAUAAACAUGCAUUAAAUCUACUGAGCUUGAGUAUGAA